AUGGGAAACGCUAAAAAAGUUUCAGAUGAAAUAAAGAAAUUAGUUAUAAAAGCCGUGUGGAAAAAAAUGACUUACCAAAGGAUUUCUAAACUUUACAAUGUUUCUAAAUCAGAAAUAUGUCACAUUAUGAAAAGGUUUCGUCAGCGCAAAACUAUUGAAAGCAAGCCUCGGGCUGGAAGACCAAAAGUUACAACUGAAAAGACUGAUAAAAUAUUAGUAAGGUAUUGCAAGAAUAAUCCUGGCAUGACUGCUGUCGAACUUAAUUCAAUUAUGCAUCAGUUUCAUGACAUAAACUGUAGUGUUGAUACAACUAAACGUAGAUUACGACAAAAUAUUCUGUAUGGUCGCCGUCCAUUUAAGAAACCUCUUAUAUCUGCAAGAAAUUUAAGAACCAGAAUAAAAUUUGCGAGACAUGAUCUCAGUUGGACAGCUAUUGACUGGUCAAAAGUCCUUUUCUCCGAUGAAUCAAAGUGUAUGCUAUUCAGUAGUGACGGAAUUAGAUAUGUCAGACGUCCAGUAGGAGACAGAAUCAAUCCAAAAUAUCAGUUACCUACUGUUAAACAUGGAGGAGGAAAUGUUAUGAUUUGGGGGUGUUUAAGUCAUGACAACGUAGGUCCCAUUCAUUGCAUAGAAGGUGGCGAUAUUUUCCCUCCUUAUAAAUUGGUAUCAGCUGAAAAAUCUCAAUGUUGUCCAAAUGAAAUAUUGCAAACAGAAAAUUGCAGUGAAGUAGAAUGGAAGCAUUUAUUAAAACAUACUCUAAAAAGAAUUAGUAAAUUGCAGCAUGAACUUAUUGAGAAAGAAAUUCCAGAAAUUAAUGUUGUUCAAUGCAAAUUUAUAGUUUCUUAUGGCUUUGACGGUAGCACGCAACAAGCAAGGUUCAAUCAAGAUCUAAGUGAAAAUUUUAGUUAUAGUUCAUUAUUUGUGACAUUUAUGAUUCUUUUAAGAUUGCAAACAAGCUGUGGAAAAAUUUUAUGCAUUAAUCAAACUCCUCAGUCUACUAGAUUUUGCCGUCCAUAG